AAUAAAUGCAAAAAAAUUAAGAUAAAACAUGUACAGGAUGUAUACAUGUAUUGCAGAAAAUACUUAAUCUUUCAAUAGACUAAUUAAAGCAGUUUAUUAAUAAUUCUCAGGUGUCGACUAUUCUGUUAAGAGAUAGCCCAGUACUAAAGUUUGAGAGAUUAGCAAAAACUACAAUAAUAGAUAAACUACAAUAAAAAAGCAACAGAAAAAAACCUAAGGUAAGUGCAGAAUGUUUAGUAUGUGAAGAGGAAAUAGAGAAAAUAAAUGACACCUAACAGCCAGCAAGAAACCUGAUUUUAUUUUUUUUAAGUUUGCCUAAAUGCUGUCAAAUUAAACAAAUAUUAGAUCAGAUCAGUUGCACUUGGGUUACACUUUAAAACAUUAAAUGCAUUAACACUUUCAGUAAACUAUGACUCAAAUUAGAUGAUUAGAUUAGAAGAUGAAGUCUACGUUUUAUACAUUUACGCAGACUACACUUAGAACUGUUUUCUGGAAAGUACAAUUAUUGUGAUUGUUUACUUUAUCGCUGUAUCUCAUUAUUGUAAUUUUGUUUUGUGUCCUAAAACCUAAACGACACGUAAAGCUUCCCCAUGUGAAUUUCUCUCCCACAAGUUUGCAGCGAAGUGACAAAAUGGCAGGAUCAGCAUUCGCAUCUGAACUCAGGAUUCUGGUGUUUGGAAAGCGACAAAACGAAAAGACAGUACUAAGUAACUUCAUCACAAGGGAACAAUAUGUUUCUGAUAUAAAAAUAUCAAAGCAAUGUAGGCCUACAGUCAUCUAUAAAGAAUGGAGGGGGAAAACAUUUACAGUAGUGAAAACCUCAGAUGUCUUCAGUCUGCCUGAGGACAAAGUGAGACACGAGAUGAAAAUGUGCGUGGCUCUUUGCCCCCCUGGACCAAAUGUAAUCCUGCUAUUAGUGAAGCCUACUGACUUCAAUGAAGAGGACAGACAGAAAUUCAAGUUCAUCCUGAGUUUCUUUGGUCAAGAUGCAUUUAAAUACUCAAUGGUCAUCAAAACGCAAAAUGGGGAGGUCCAGAAUGCUUCAGUAAACCAAGUCAUCAUAGACUGCAGACAAAGGCAGCACAGCAUUAACUUUGAUAAGAAAGAUCUUUCCGAACAUGAUUAUCAAGAACUGAUUGAUCAGAUGGAGAACAUAGUGACUGACAACAAAGGAGGACAUCUAAACUGUACUGAAGAGACUGAUUCAAUGACUUCCAAACCUCCUCUGAACUUAGUGUUGUGUGGGAGAUUGGAAACCUGGAAGAUGUCAGCAGCCAAUGCUAUUCUGGGAGAAAGAAAGUUUGGUCCAUUUGCAAAGUCAUCAGAGUGUGUUAAACAGCAGGGAGAGGUGUGUGGACGUUGGGUUUCCCUGGUGGAGCUGCCUGCCUUGUAUGGAAAACCUCAGAAGGCAGUAAUGGAGGAAUUAUCAAGGUGUUUUACCCUCUUUGAUCCUGAGUGCAUCCAUGCUUUUAUCCUAGUCUUACCUGUGGGUCCCCUCACUGAUGAAGACAAGAAAGAGUGGGAGACCAUCCAGGACACAUUCAGCUCUCGAGUCAAUGACUUCACCAUGAUUCUCAUCCCUGUGGAGUCAGAUCCUAAUUCUCCAGCUGUUGUAAAAUUUCUUAAGGAGAAUAUGCACAUACAGGAGCUCCUUCAGACCUGUGGAGAACGAUAUGUUGUCUUUGACCUUAGAGACAAGCAGCAGGUCUUUAAUGUGUUGCACGCUGUGGAAAAGAUGAGAGCGGGUGACUCCAGAGGUUUCACAAAGAAAAUGCUGGUCAAUCCACGGGUGAAAAACGUUGAAAAACCAAAAUCUGUACUCAAAAUGGCUUAUAAGCAUCAGAGUAGAGAGUGUCUCAGGAUGGUGCUGAUUGGGAAGACUGGUUGUGGAAAGAGUGCAACAGCAAACACUAUUUUGGGCAAACAAUGCUUCAAAUCUAAAGCCUGUCCAAAGUCAGUCACCGAGUUUUGCCGGAAAGAAACAGGAGAGAUUGAUGGACGGACUGCCAUCAUAGUCGACACCCCUGGCUUGUUUGACACGACUCUGACCAACGAAGAAAUUAAACGGGAGCUUGUGAAAUGCGUCAGCUUGUUGUCUCCAGGACCUCAUGUGUUCUUAUUAGUGCUAAAGAUCGGCCGCUUUACCCAAGAGGAGAAAGAUACUGUGGAACUGAUCAAGGAGUUCUUUGGCAAGAAUUCAGGAGACUACAUCAUUCUCAUAUUCACAAGAGGAGAUGAUCUGAGAAAUCAAACAUUUGAGAAUUACAUACGGGAUGGCUUUGUUGAAAAACUGAUAGAGGACUGUGGAGGAAGAUACCAGGUCUUCAAUAACAGAAGUUCAGAAGAUCAGAAACGUGCUCAAGCAAGAGAGCUACUGAGCAACGUUGAAUCAAUGGUGAACAGAAAUGGUGGGGGCUGCUACACCUCCGAGAUGUUUCAAGAAGCUGAGGCAGCCAUACAAAAGGAAGUGAAGAGAAUCCUGAAGGAAAAGGAAGAAGACAUACAGAGAGAGAUGAUGGACGUUGAAAAUAAACAUAAAAAAGAAAUCCAGGCAAAGAAAAAAGAAUUGGCAGAACAAAUAACCAAAACUGAACGAGAAAAAGAACUGAAAGCCAAACUAAUUAAGAAAGAGGAGGAAAUCAAUAAGGAGCAGGAAAAGAUGAAGAGAGAAGAAGAAAAGAGAGAAGCAGAGGAAAGGAAGACAAAAAUGCAAGAUGAACUUGAACAAAUGCAGUGGGAAAAAAGUCUUGAAGCUGUGGGGGAAAAAAUAAAACAUGAAACUGAAAAAAAGGAAACUGCUGACAAAACAUGGAUAGAAAACAAAGAGGCAUUGAGAAGAGGACAAGAGACUUGGAAUAAGGAAAGAAGGGAAAAGUGGGAGAACCAAUAUCGAGAAGAUCAACAGAGACGAGAGGAGGAGCAAAAACGACUUGAAAAACUCAGAGAAGAAUAUGAACAAGAAAAAAAAGAAUAUGAAAACCAAAGACAACAAGAUGAAAUCAGAAAACAACAAGAGGAGAAAGAAUUAAUGAAACUACAAGAAACCCUUUUGAAAAAUCUGGCUGUAAUCAAGAAAAAACAUGACCAAGAGGCCAGAAAGCAAGCUGAAGAAUUCAAUGAUUUCAGACAGAGAUACACCGAGGACUUUGCAGCUGUGGCGGAAAAGCAUGACAAGGAAAUGGAGAAUCUGAAGGAGAAGCAACAAAUACACAAUGAUUUGAUUGUACGCCAACUGACCAAACACAAAGCAUAUCAGAAAGACUUUGAUAGAUUGAUGAAAAAACAAGAACAAGAAAUGAAUGACCUGACAGGGACACUUAAAUCGCCAAACAAUGAAAAUCUGAACAAAAAAAUCAAUGAACUAAAGACAAAACAUGAGGACGAAAGAAAUAACUGGAUACAAGAACAUGUAAAGAAAGCCAGAGAAAAGACCUGUUCCAUUUUAUGAGCUGUUGUGUUGCCUGUAAGGCCCUCAGUUGCAAAAUGACAACAUCACUUGUAGCCUAAAAGCAUACAAAGUGGGGGAGGGGGGGGGUCCUACUGUCGUUUUACUAUGAUAAUUAGAGAGUAUAACAGGCAGUAUUGUGUGAAUUUAGUGGAAUCUGUAAAUAGGAUUAGGAAAUAAUUUGGGCUUUAUAGGUUUACUGACAGCAGCAGUUUCAAACUGUGAAACUAAGAUAUUAGGAUUUCAUUUUGUUUGUUUUUCCUUACAUACAUACAUCACAAUUUUUACAAAAGCAAAUAUUGUUUUAUUUUGUCUAGUCUGUUAUCUUUGAAAUUGAAUGGCAUGCAUCAUUAGUCCAUGCUAACGUAUCUCCACCUAUAUUUGUGAAAUCCUAUUGAUUCACUACACAGUAAGGAGAAAUGAGGAGAGGUAAAGGGAGAGUUGUACUUUGCAAACACUAAAAUGACACAAACUGUGUUGAGUCACACUUUGCCCUCAGAAUCAUGAGGGAACUCUAGUUACUGUAGUUGGAUGUGCAUAAUAUGAAACGUGUUAUUAUGUCAGUCUACUGUUCCAGGCUUUUAGACAAAUGUUUACAAGGAUCAACUGCCUGAGCUGUUUACAUGUUAUACCAUAAAUCACUGAACAUAAUAACUGAUGAAACUUUAACUGCGUCUAUAAUUUAGCCAUAAAGUUCAGUACAGCCGGUUGCUUUUUGGAAGCUGUAUGUUGCUGUCCACUGCUCCUAAUGCUUAGGAUGGGUUAAAUGCAGAGAUGGAAUUUCACUACAUUGUACUGUAUAAUUGUAUGUGACGAUUAAUAAAAUAAUAAUAAAGUUUCUUCAUCUUAUUGAAGGAAGGUUUCAUUAGCUGCAAAGUCUGUUUGGUCAUUUGAAAAACAAAAGUUGUUUAACCUUCAAACUGACAACUACCUGCUUAUAUAGGAGGCAAGUAUUAAUCACAUUAAUUUUAUUUUAACAUGAAAUGUAUAUUUUCCUCAUUUACAUUAAUAAAGUGCAGUAAUACAAUUCAAUUGUACAUCUAGUAUCCAAAGGUAAAUGUGUUUUUUUUUUGUUCGGUUGUGCUAAUAAUUACAGAAGUUAAUUACUAUAUUUGUUAUGUUUAAGAUUUUGUAACAUAUUUUGACAGUAAGGUGGUAUGCUUGUAUUAGCGAUUUAGAAUUGUUCUCAUUUGCACAAUCUGAAACUGUAUUCUCCUUUCCUGGUGAUAAAAAUAAAUUAUACACCAUUAAUAA